CUGGGUCUUUAUAAACGCACCCGAAGUCUCGGGGAUCCAUUGUCUUUUUUUCCACAAUUUGUCUCACGGUGUUGCCAUGAUUCGUGCUUCGUUUGUGCUGCUGGCGGUCUUCGCGAUUGCUGCUCAUGCAAGUGUCCCGACCGGAACGUGCAGCGAUGAGUACGUCAACAACGUACGGAGACUACUUCUCGUGGGCUUUGCCGCACUCGACGUAAAGGAAGAGCUGCCCCUGCGUGACGCCAACGAUCCAGCCUUCAGCUUGUCCGCCGGAACCCUCUUUGGCCUGAGGUUUCUUAACAUCAGCGGAGACAUCAAUGCCACCUGUAGCGCCAACGAAAGCAUCGCCGAAUUUGUCGCGGUUGCCCCACAGGUCAAGGGCCACUACAACUGGCGUUCGCGUGGCAACAGCCCGCUGUCCGGAGACCUGAUCGUCGAAGGACGGAAUGGCGCCUUCACCGGGCGGCUCCGCUACGUCAGGGGCAACUUGCGCAGCGCGUCUCUAGCCUUCAGCCACUUCAGCGCCGUCUCGAUUCAGCUGGACGGCGUGUCCAGUUUCUCGGUGCCGGGCUCCAAGAUCAUAUCGCUGGGCAACAACGUCUUUAACAAGGCCGUCAGGAAGACCACCACGAACGUUGUGUCCCCAGCUUUUAAGAAGGCGGUGCAGGCCAGCGAAUAAAUUGUGAAGACAAUGCGCGAGUGUGUUCACUUUACAGCCCUGUGCCUGUACAUGGCUUUCACCGAAUUUACAGUGACACGUGACAUUACGAUGUUACGUGAUGGCAUGGCAUCACCCGUUUGGGUAGUAAUUUAGUUCUGGUAGUUAAAUUUCUGUUACUUAUAGUUACUUUUGGGGGUCAUUUGUAUUUGUG